AUGGCUAAAAAUGAUAAAGAAUCUUUGUUGCAGAAGUUUGCACAGGUAUGGAUAGAUAUAGGUAAAGGAGGCAUCACCUUAUUUGAGCAAUAUGCAUUACUGGUUAUCCAUAUUUUUGUUAGUGAACUUACAAGUAAAAGAAAUGUCAUCUCACAUUCUUUGACCACAGAAGCCAUGUGGAGCACAAUAAUGAGUUUUGUAACGGAGAAAGCUGUGUUUACAAUGGGACAUAAAGGGGAUGGAGCAGGACUGUCAAAUGAUGGACAUGAAUGCUUUGUUUUGGAAAUAUCUUAUGAAGAUUUUUAUAAGUUGCUUCAAGAAAUGAGAGACAUGUUUAUGCUUCUAAGAAAGAAAAGCAUGAAUUAG